UCCUCCUACUCCUUCUCCACCUGACGACCCCACUCCCUGCACGAUUUCCACGUGGAAGGCGGCCCGGUCGACGAUUCUCGAGCGUCAAUGGUGCACGAGAGUCUCGUUCGCGCGAACGACAACGCUAACACGCAGUGCUAGUAACUCUGUGAGUCGCGGACAUCCUUACAGCUUGCACGCCGAUCGUCAUGUUCGCCAACUGGAAGUCCUGUUGUAUCUACGUGCCGCAACGAUGGAUCUUCGCGUUGAUGGGUUUCCUCGCACUUUUGAAUGCCUACGCGAUGCGCGUCUGUCUGUCCAUCGCCAUUACGGAAAUGGUAAUGCAGCCGAAUAGUUCAACCAUCGCCGACGGAAGCUGCCCGUCAAAUAUCCACAUAUCCGGGAAUUCCACCGCCGACAAUACCAACAAGGGCAUCUACAACUGGAACGAGGAGGAGCAGGGAAUAAUCCUUUCGUCGUUCUACUGGGGCUACGUGCUGACACAUCUUCCCGGUGGAAUGCUCGCCGAGCGCUUCGGCGGCAAAUACUCCCUGGGCCUGGGUAUUCUCUCAACGGCCUUCUUCACGCUACUGACACCGAUCGCGGUCGAGGCUGGGGGCAGUGUCGCUCUCAUCGUCCUCAGGGUGCUCAUGGGCCUCGGCGAGGGCACGACGUUCCCGGCGCUGAACGCGAUGCUCGCCCAGUGGACGCCACCAGAAGAGCGCUCCAAAAUAGGCUCUCUCGUCUUUGCCGGGGCGCAACUUGGUACGGUGUUCGCGACGACGCUAUCCGGUCAGAUCUUACAUCACUCUAGCGUCGGUUGGCCUGCGGUAUUCUACGUGUUCGGGACGUUCGGCGUCGCCUGGUUCCUCCUCUGGAUCUUCCUGUGCUACAACAAUCCACGAGAACAUCCCUUUAUCUCGGAAGAGGAGGCUAAAUACCUGGAUGAGCGCAUGAGUGCGCACACGCACAAGCAACCGCCACCGGUGCCAUGGCGUCAUAUUUUACGCUCGGCACCUCUUUGGGCCCUUAUCGCCGCCCAAAUAGGCCACGACUGGGGCUUCUUUACCAUGGUCACCGACCUUCCCAAAUACAUGAGCAGCGUCCUAAAGUUCUCCAUUCAGGACAAUGGCUACUAUUCUUCUCUGCCCUACCUCUGUAUGUGGUUUUGUAGUGUGCUUACUUCCUGGGGCGCGGACUGGCUCAUCAUACGGGGUCAUCUGUCAACGACUAAUGUCAGGAAGCUCGGCACCACCAUCGCUUCUGUUGGUCCAGGAUUGUUCAUCAUCGCAGCCUCUUACGCUGGAUGUGAUCAGAUGUCCGUCGUAAUCCUCUUCACCAUCGGCAUGACGCUCAUGGGAACUUUCUAUCCAGGCAUGAAGGUGAACGUUCUCGACCUGAGCCCCAACUACUCGGGCACACUGAUGGCAAUGACAAACGGCAUUGCCGCUUUUACUGGCAUCAUUACGCCUUACAUCGUCGGCAUCCUGACACCAAACCAAACAGUAAACGAGUGGCGUCUCGUAUUCUGGAUCGUUCUCGCCAUUUUUUUUAUCACCAACGGAAUCUUCGCGCUCUACGCUAGUGGCGAGCCCCAGCCGUGGAACGAUCCGGAGUUCCUGCGCGACGAAGCUCUGUCUCAGCAAAAGCCCAAAGGCUCGACCAAAGUUCACGAAAAAAAGCUCGACAGGGCGUAAGGAUCUUGGGAUCGUAAUGCCUUGGUAAUUGCAAUUCUUUUCUCCGUCGCGCCGAUCGAUUUUGCAAGGAACACAAUGUCGAUGCUUUGGAAGCUCCACUUUGUCCAAGAGGUGAAUCGAAGCUCUUCCCAUUGCUGCGCAAUUGUCACGCAAUGACCGGUCAAAUACAUAUUUUAAAAGGCAUCGAGCGUGAAGUCAGCCGGUCCACUAAGAUCGAUCAAGAUUUUAAUAAAAAGACAAGCCUUACGAUUAAAUAACAUAUCGCGAACUCAAAUCAUCUAACAUCGAGACAAUGGAAAUAUAGCAUUUUCACAUUCUUGCACUGUGUGUCCUUACGAGUAAUUUAUGGUUAAUUAGUUUUUGGUUAUUGCCGAUGCCUCGCGUAUAUCUUCACUCCGACAAAAGAGAAGAAAAAACAAAGAUUGUCACCUUUACCAGGCAGUAUUAAAAUGUAAGUAAACGCUGAUUUACGGUUCACAAUGCUUGUUAUUUUGAACUAGGAAGCUACAGUAUUUCUUCGUUUCUCACAUACAUAAUUGCGAGAAUUGUAUUAUGUUGAACUAAUCGACCGUGAAUUUUUUUAAUAUGUCUUCGAGAAACCACACGAUAAUUCACAUUUUAUUUGCCUUUUUGAAAGUAUUUUACAUUGGCAAAUGAAGAAUUAGCGCUAACGAUAUGUUGAAUAAACGCUUUUACUGGGCUAACACUGAAAUAAAUUGUUAAACGAAUAAAAGUGACCCUUGGUGGUGAGUCGAUCAACGAAUUGAGGUGAGGACUUUAUGUCGGUACGAGGCCAUCGCGCAAUAUUGUAUAAAAUGUGCCUGUAAAUGCAAUUUCAGUGAUUCGAGUUUUCCUCAUCUGGAAUACUCAAGCCUUUGUAGUUAACGUUAGUUAUGAUUAAGAUUAGUCAUUGAGUGAUAAAUUAUUGAAAAACAUUCCAAGUGAAAUUAGAUUAUAUAUUGUGCUAAUAUGAAACGCUUGUAUGAUUUAAGAAAUGUUAUUUACAAUUAUGAAUUACGUUAAUAUACGAAUGAUUUUUAUAGAGACAGCGUAACACCGCAAAGUUGAGAAAAUCGUUGUUCGAUCUUUUUAUUUUCUUUUUUUUUCAGCGAUUGAUUGUCAAUCGCGACCACGAACG